CGCUUCUCGAGUCAAGACGUUAGAACGCGUGGUCAGUGCGAGUCACGACGCCGGGUCGAAAAAGCCGUGGAGUUUGAGUCAUUCCUGUUAUACGAUAUACAUAUAUACUUAGGUAGUGCUUCGUAGACUACUGCAUGAAAACGCGUAGUGCCACAGGUGAAUCGCAUAGUGACACUGAGUUUUAGUUCGGAACGUACUGAUAUGCUCAGUCAGUGGGGUAGCGGAUAGACAAAUUUGGUAGUGCACAGCUUAAAAUUCCUGGAAGAACGGAUCGAACGUCCAGCCUUGAUAGGUCGGGAAAAGGGGAGCGCAACUAAUUAAAACGACAAACCUUGGCGAAUUUUCUCGGAAAAUAUUGUCAUAAUACCUACGGCGGCGACUAGCUGUUGCUUCGGCUGCUUACUGCAACUGGGUAUAGCUCACCUUUCGUCAUCAUCGUUCUGUCCAGGGGCGACAUCAGUGUUGUUCUUGGGAAAUUUCGAAAAAAUAACACUCCUCUGGCUACCGACAAGGUAAGGCGAGGCGCGCUUGAGUUAGUUAUCCAUCUGUCCGGUGUAGCCGAGGUAACGAUUUAAUUGAAUCUGCGAAUCCAUCGCCUCGUCGACCGGGGGAAAAACUGAAACAUUGCUCAUAGCUCUAACAGCUCGAAAGGCACGUGGGAUUCCGGUCAGAAGGUUGCUUCCGCCCCGAAAACGGUGAGAUUGAUCUUUGGCACUUUCCCAGUAGUGGAGGAACCGUCGUCGUCGUUUGAUUAAAAGGCUUGGCGAAUCUCGGUGUUUUUGACGAAUUCGAGCUACCGCCCAUGGGAAACGCUUCAACGGAUUCCCCGGAAUAAGCUUUAUUACCGCUAGAUUGCGUCGGACUCGUUGCUGUCGGUAAAGAGCUUCAGCAAACGAAAGCCACAGUACCGAAAUUGUCGUAAAAGUAGUUCCGGGAAAGGGUUGGCCAGGCGCAGCAGAGCCAACAGCAGAGAGCGAACUCAAAUGGAAUGUUUAUGAGCGGUCCCGAGGUCGGGUGUAUGAGAAUAAAUGAUAUUAUUUUUUAAUUGCUAGUUGUUGAAACGAAGAAAAAAUUAAACAUCAGUGUAAAGUGCAGCCCUCUCGUUCGUUUAUUGGUCCAGGGCCCCAGUCGGUGUUGUAUAUGCUGAACUAGUUUUUUUUCGUGUUCUGACGUUCUUAUAAUUAAAUCGUCUCGGAACAGUAUCUGUGUUAGUUUAAAUUACCAGGAAAAUUGAAAAACGCUUGCUCACCGCUUGCAAUUCUAGUUGUUGAACUAAGUAACGCUUACCGGACGGAGUGGAAAGUACUGUCCGAGUCCGAGGGUACAAAGUUGCAGGUUUCGAAAUUGGCGCGCAGUUUCCGAGGAUCGCUACCGUAACGAAGACGACACGAUUCCCCGUUCGUUAGUCAGUACCUGGAACUCGGGUACAUUCUGUGUCGCCAUCUAUCCGGUGCAAAGGGGUUUAUUUUCGUUUGGCGACCGUCAACCGUGUAUAGAUACCUAUAUUCGUUGACGGCCUUUGUGUGUGGCCGCUAAUCGACCCAGCGGAACGGAAGUGAAAUCGUCUCGUCGCCGUCGUCGUCCGAAAGCGCACGACAUAAAACCGACAAAACAGUGCAGUGCGUCGUCGUCAAACGAUAACUGCGAACGAAAGCACAAAACGAAACCACCGAUUAGGUGACAAAACCACACAGCUCUCGAAGAACACCGCCUUCAAAGAAUAAUCCCAUUGUAAACGUGUGAAGAUUUUACCUUCACCGGGCGAUCCAGUACCGAGUACUACAGUGAAAUUGUUUGUUUGAUUAAUUAAUAAGCAUAUUAGUGUCAACGUUGGUGUCCGUUUGUUCCGCGGAAUUCCCUUAGUCAUUUGCCGCUCAUCGGCGGUUUGUGCCCGGGUUUAUAUUUAUGUCAUUAACAUAUCGUUGUUGUAACUAGAGUGCUGUCGCAGCAUAAGCCUCAAUUUCGGGACACCGGCUUUGCGGUCAAGUGAAGGUAAACCAAAACGGUGUUCGUGUUGUAAGGCGGCAUCAACAACUCAUCAACGGAACCAAACCGUGGUGGUGUCGUCAAGAACGUCUAAUAAAUCAAUCAUCAUGUUGUCACUUGAACUGACUGCGGUGGUGAGGAGGCUGACCAGCUUCUGUCUGCUGCUGUCAACGUUAAUGGUGAUGGUCUUGCUGCCGAGGCCCACCAAUGGGGAAAAUCACUGCAGUGAAAAUCGGUUCAACUAUUCGCUGAUGACCGAUCAUAUGCAGUUCACCAAGGAGGUUCCUGAGAAGGAGUACGGAGUGCUGGGGCAGUUCAAGAGUUUGCACUGCUGCGCCAAAGGGUAUCGGAGCAUUGAAUGGUUCAAAAAUGGCCAACCAUAUCCAUGGGGCGGCGAUAUCAGCUCGCUAAUUGUGUAUCCUGAAGCGGCCAAUCAAACCAUCUACACCCACCGGAUAUCGGAAGCGGAUAUUGGCAACUACACCUGUGUGCUGCGAAAUGACACCGAUAUCAUCCGGCACGAUAUCGAGCUGCGGAUGCAAGAAGACAAGCCCGACUACCCGCUGCCGACGUUCCAGCCCAAGAACAUGAUCAUCAAUCUGGGCGAGACGGCCCGGUUCUACUGCGAGGCGUUCGUGGGAAAGCUGGACCUGCCGGAUGCGACCAAUAAAAUCGUAUGGACCCGGAUGCUCGAAGACGAAUCCGCAUCGACAGCGUCCGAUACGCACCAGCUCAACGUGUCGAGAGAGGACGGCCAAAUCAUCGGAUCGUACCUUUCGAUACCGAAGAUCCAGAACUACCACUACGGCCGUUACCGGUGCCAAAUCACGUCCGGCAAUCUGGCUCGGCCGCUGGAGCUGAACGUGCUUCUAUCGCCGGCCCAGGUUGCGAUCGCCGAAGAUCCCAAGUUGGAAUCGCUGGCCCUUAUCUUCAUCGGCAUCCUGAUCGUGUUGCUGGCGCUGAUGGCGUUUGCCCUGCGGAAGUGGGAACUCCGGAAGAAUCACCACGACAAUCGCUGCUCGGCCCAGUUUAUUGCGGAUCACGAUCUGGCGUAAAGCAGCCGGCUGAAUGAAUAGUGUUUUCAUUAUUGCUAAUCGUAGUUAGAUGUUCCACGUUCUUUGCGAAAACCGCUAUAAUCUAUUUAUUUGUCGUAUCUAUAAUUGAUCAUAGCUAAAAGCUGCAACUGUAACUUAUUUUUUCUUAAUAUCCUCAAUACUGGUCUGAUUUGAGAACGAUAGGGAAAAAACAAAUCAGAGCGCUAUUCAACUUUGGUUGUCACUCAAGGAGAAUCUAUCUAUAAUGCGCCAUUCAUCUCGUUGUACAUAAUUUAUUUGUAGUGUAGCGUAGACUAUUAUUACGCCUAAUGGUUUCCAUUAUUGGUUAGGUUCCCGCUCAGAUGAAAAUACUUAUUGAAUGGCUGAAGAAAAACCAAGGCUCAGAGGAACCGCACCGAAUACAAGCGAGCCAUUUAUGAGACUGACUAUUGUGAUUUUGUAGAAGUCUUUUCUUCUGUCCGUCGACGCUGUUUGCCUAGUAAGUUAAGCCCAAUCGUGAAUAUCUAGAUCUAGAACGGCUCAGACUAAAAAGGACAGUGUAUUAUCUAAUGUAAGGUUCUAAUUGCUUUAAACAAACAAAUAAAAUUGACGACAACUCGAACAGGACCGAGUUUCACAAAAUAUUAAUUUGAAAGUAACCAAAUAAAAAAAAAACAAUUUGUAACAUUGCUCGGUUUAAAAAGACUCGACAUACCACACUAUGCUUGAAGCAAUAAUAGCAAAUAUACAAUCACGAUAGUUAUGCCGAUUUCUCAGAAAAAAUAACAAAUCAGAUGGAGCAAAACAUCAAUAUGGAUUUAAUUUAGAAAAAAAAUAGUCACAAACCUUUUAGGCGAUUGAAAACGGAACCCAGUGACGUAGAAAAUAGCACAAAUCGAUUUCGAUAUAAAAAAUGCAGAGAUAAUAAAUUACAUUCCCACUAUUUAACAGAAGAAUAACACGCUGCCGGAUCAAACCAAGUUUGAUUUCAACCGAACCAGAGUGAAUGUGAGUCGGAGUAUGAAGUUUAAACUAAUUCGUGUUCGAUAGUUUUGAUGAAACCUACCACUUGGAGAAAAAAGUUGAUACAAAAACCUACUAAAAGUUGUCUAAUCGUGAUUUGUACUCAAAAAUAAUGAAGCAAAAAUACAGGAGCGGAUUGGUGUUCAAAACAUAAUAUGUAAUUCAAUUUUGUAACAUUAUCAAUAGCAGAUUUAGUAGUUUUGUUCACCUCAUUCUCGAAGCAAAAUAUUAACGAAAACUAACACUUACUAAGUUGAAAAUACAAAAUAAUAUCAAUUGAACUUCAACAAGUAACUUUAAACUUUCGUGAAUUGUAUAACUUCCCCCACUCAAACCAAUCCGCGCUAAUAAGUACAAUUAGAACCGUCAAAGGCUAAGCCCUGCUUAACAGUGGUUAAUGUGUGAAUGAUAGUGUGAUGAUACUGAUGAUGAUGAUUAUGGUAAUUGAAUCUGAAUGAAUGGAAGGCAGUUGCUUACAUACAUAUGUAGCUGUGCUGAUGGACUGUUAUUGAUGUACAUGUGUUACUACACAACGCUGCUGUGCAGGAUGGCAGCAAAAUAAAUUAUUGUAAUCAUUUUAAA